AUCCUUCUUAGUUCUUCCCAUCACUCUCUUCUGAUUUCUGAUUAUUUUUCCACGGAUUACUCUUUUUUAACCUCGAGAUUACACCACAUACAAUAUUUUCGGUAAAGAUAAAAGCGAAUUUCGUUUUUUUUUCCUUCUAAUUCUUCGAAAAAGGGACAAUUUUUUUUUCUUUUUUUUUUUUUUGAUUUAAAUCUCAACUGGGGUCGUCAUUAACCUUGGCCACGCGCCGAGCUCGCAAUAUAUCGAGAGCUAUGAUAUAGGAGAGAGAUCUAAUCAAAUCCUACUUGGCCAUAUAAAUUUUCUAUUUUUAUUUUGGGGACACAGACAGGAGGAUUAAUAUUAAGCACCAGAUUAAGUAAGUUGGUUUGUGGAUGUAACAUCUUCUGGCAAAAGCCCGUUUUGCAAACCAAAUCCAACAUACACGGCGUCUCUGAUGCAAAUGUUUCGAUUCAGUGAGAAAUAGAAAUUGGGAUAUUGGUUCUUAAAUCAUGGUGGAACCUUAUGAGACACGUAACAACGGAGAAGCAUAUCAGAUGGUCAGAUAUCAGGGUUAUCACCAUCACAAUUCCAGAAUAUCUUCAUCAUCAACAACAUCAUUAUCUUCGCCGUUGCUCGAUUUGAGAGUGUUCUAUGUCAGAAUCAGCAAUUUCAAGGUGGAUGAUUCCACACCUGAGCUCCUCACCAUCACUCACAUUCCUUUGGAUCCAGACUCUCUUCUGGAGAUAAACGGUGUUCGAAUGAGCAUUUACUCCGAAGGAGUUUCCUCUCAGUUAAGGCGAGAUCGAGUUGAUAAGAAAUCCGAAGUAGCUACCUUUAUCAGCACUGACAAUAUCAGAUUAUCCGGUAGUGUCAAGUUUGAGGUAUAUGACAAAGAUGAGCUGGUUUUGUCUGGAACUCUUGAGAUGUCCGGUAGUAAUGGUUUCACUGGUGAGUCUAAGCAUAGCACGAAACGGUGGAACAUGAACUGUGAAGCUGAGAUCACCGCAGGGUCUGGUUUCUUGAAGGAGAAACAUAUUGGAUGUUCGGAGUUAUCAUCUCCAUUGCCAACUAUAGAAGUCUACGUCACUGGUUGCUUUUCAGGGACACCAAUCAUCUUAACCAAGACACUACAGCUCGGUUUCAGAAAGAAGCACAAUAGAGGGAGUGCAUUAGAUUCGAUUCCAGAGUAUGAAACCGGUGAGCCUCAGAAAGGCAACUCAUCAGAGCUUGAUUAUCAGGUAACAGAAUACGGAAGCUACAAACAAGAUUAUGAUGGAGAAUACGGCGACAUGUAUCUGAGAAGAGAGUAUACAGACGGUGAAGAUGGAGAGAUGUCGUGGUUCAAUGCCGGUGUGAGGGUUGGUGUGGGAAUUGGUCUUGGUGUAUGUGUAGGUCUUGGCAUUGGGGUUGGCCUUUUGGUGCGUACCUAUCAAUCAACCACCAGAAACUUCAGAAGAAGGCUCAUCUAGUUUCACUCGAAUUGCCUCAAGCUUCUCCUCCUUCUCUGCUUCUAACUCCACUCCAUCGCAAAUCUCUUUUGACUGCAGAACUCUAAGCUACAUAGUCUAAUAGCUAAUACUGCUGUGUAGUAUAAUCUUUCUUCAUGUGUUUUUUUUUUUCUCUUUGUUUGUGCCUUAAAAUUUUGAAAGAAUCAUUACCUUGUGUUUGUUGAGAUAUAGAAGAAAAAAAAAAGACUGAAAGACACAAAGCUUGUUGCUGGUAUUAUCUGCUUCCUGCCUGUAUAUAAAUGAUUAUGAGUGUAAGAGUUUUUGGAUUAA